GCAAGAACGGUCGGGACUCCGAGUCUAAUCGUACGGUAUGAUUCGCUGUUUCAGGCCGUUGUGGUGGAGAACGUUAGUCAGAAGGCUGUCAGUUGGUGGAAUAGAUGAUUAUAAGAUUGACGUAUCCAGUCUAAAGGAGCGUGUCUGUCGGGUUAUUGAAGAUAGAGCACACCCUGAAGCAGUGCGACUCAAACAGAACAAUCUGAUAGACGUUGUUCUCAGUCAUGUUGUCUUUGGUGAUGUCUCUGAAAAGGAAAUCGUUCAAACAGUUGAUGAGAUGGAUUCUCAACAUGUGAACGAAGUUGCAGGAGACAUUUUUAACUCAGGAGCAACAGCUGGUCAGGAUGUUAUUCAUUUAGCUGUCCCUCUCUUCAGGCUAGCAGCUCUAAGAGGAAACGUGAAUGCCAAGUAUACGUAUGCACAGUUGCUGAGAACAGGUCAAGGUGUUGAUUCUGAUCCAUCCGAAGCUGCACAGUUAUUUACUGAACUUGCAAUGCAGGGUCAUCCUUAUGCACAGUUAGCACUGGGAAGCAUGUACAGUUCAGGUCUAGGUGUGGAACAGGACGUGGAGAAAGCUGCUAAAUUGUAUGAGCUGAGUUGUGAGAAUGGAGUUUCACAAGCAUAUCACGCUCUUGGGCAGUUGCAUCUGAACGGAAGAAUUGAGAGUGACUAUACUGAAGAGGAGAAUGAAGCAAAAGCUAUAAGAUGCUUCAACCAAGGAGUCAGGUUGGGAGAUCCAUAUUCAAAUUUCUCUCUAGCACACUGCUACACUCAUGGUAAAGGAGUAGAGAAAGAUGAAAAAAGAGCAUUUUCUCACCUUGAGAUUGCAGCUAAAGCUGAUCUUCCUGUUGCCAUCUACAACAUGGCGUGCGCAUACUUUGCAGGAAAAGGUGUAGAUAUCAACUUCUCUAGAGCAGCUGAAUGGUUCCAGAAGGCUGCAGACUUAGGAUUUGCACCGGCGCAAGUCAACCUUGGCAACAUGCAUUAUCAUGGAUUAGGAGUGGAUAAAGACAAGGAGAAGGCUAAAGAAUUGUACCUGAAGGCAUCUGUAACAGAUCGAAGUGCCCUGGAUUUGUAUGAGAAAGUAGUAAAUGAAGAGACAGAUAUGCAAAGCUGAUACAAUUAAUAUUUCAAAAAUAAACUUCUUGUACUGUGCAGUGGUAUAAAAACAA